UGCCUGACUGACAGACAACAACAGUACAAACUGAGUACUGACCAAGUCAAAGUUUAGCUGUAGACUUCCAGUGAGCUGAACUGGUAAAGAAAGCUAAGCAGGGAAGAAGUUUUCUUCACUCAUUCAAGAUCUAUUUUCGGGGAGGACAAGAGUUUGGUUUUGGGCCUCAUCAUGAAAAGCCUGGAUCUGUUCCUGCUGGCGUGUUGCUUAUACAGCCUGAGCACUUUGGGAGGUGCAACCGAAUCAGAGAAUACUCUGAUGAAGAGUCUCUUUUCCAAAUACAACCUUAAGGUCCGACCAGCUCGUACGCCUGAAGAGAGGGUGGUGGUUCGCGUGGGCAUGAUCCUCACAUCCUUCGGCGGACUGAAUAUGAAAAAUGAAGAAAUGAGCACCACUGUUGUCAUGAAUCUGGAAUGGACAGAUUAUCGGUUGUCAUGGAAACCGAAGGAGCACAAUGGGAUUCAGGUGCUACGCAUCCCCUCUGGGAAGGUUUGGCUUCCUGACAUCGUCCUCAUCAAUAAUAAUGAUGGACAGUUUGAUGUGGCCCUGCAUGUCCAUGUUCAGGUUUACAGUAAUGGCAGGGUAACCUGGACUCCCCCUGCUCUGUACUGCAGUUCCUGUGGAGUCAAGGUAACAUAUUUCCCAUUCGACUGGCAGAACUGCACCAUGCAGUUUCGCUCUUACACAUAUGACUCAACAGAAAUCGACCUGCAGUAUGCCCUGAAUUCAAAAGGCAAGGAGAUUCGGGAGAUACAGCUGGACGAGUCUUUCAGUGAGAGUGGUGAGUGGUACGUAAGACACAAGCCAAGCAGGAAGAACAUAUUUGAUGACGAAUAUGAGGAAAUGACUUUUUACCUGAUCAUCGAGAGGAAGCCUCUGUACUACAUCAUCAACAUCAUCAUCCCUUGCAUCCUGAUUACUAUCAUCGCCAUCUUCAACUUCUAUCUGCCUCCCGAUGCAGGUGAGAAGAUGGGUUUGUCAAUCAAUGUGCUGCUCACCCUCACCGUGUUCCUGCUGCUGCUGGCUGAUAAGAUCCCCGAGACCUCGCUGGGUGUUCCCAUCAUCGUCAACUACAUCAUGUUUACCAUGGUCCUGGUCACAUUCUCUGUCAUCCUCAGCGUGGUUGUCCUCAACCUCCACCAUCGCUCUCCCAACACCCACAUGAUGCCAAUGUGGGUCCGCAAGAUCUUCAUCCACAUGCUCCCUCCUUACCUGGGCAUGCUGCGGCCAAAGGUGGAGACCCCCCUGUCUCUGGAGACCCUACCCCGCCGGGAAAAAAAAGUCACUGCAAUUAGCAUAGCUUCUGACGAAUACUUCAUCCGGAAACCUGACUCUUCCGUUUUAUUUCCCAAACCCAACAGGUACCAGCCGGAUGGCAUAUGCACAGACCUGAGGAAGUUCAUUGAUGGCCCCAGUACCUACCUUGCACUACCUGAUGAGCUCAAGUCAGCCAUGGAGGCCAUCACGUACAUAGCCGAGGCUCUGCAGGCUGAAAAAGACUAUGAGGCGCUGAAAGAAGAUUGGCAAUAUGUGGCAAUGGUGGUGGACCGGAUGUUCCUGUGGAUUUUCGUCGUUUUCACCACUGUGGGCACGCUGGCCAUCUUCGCCGAUGCUAGCUUCAACCAUACCCCUACGGACCCCUUCAAACCCUUCUGAAGCACAGGGGUGUCUGAUUUUCAUGAACCAUGUUGCUGGAAGUUGUGAAUCCCUUGCUGUACAUGUAGAGGAAGACAAUUGUAACUGUUAAAAUAAGUACAGUUUCCAAUGCAUUGCCUCAUCACAAAACACACAAUGCAUAUGUCCCAGUCUUUUUAAAUUAUAGCUGUACUAGUACUUAAAGGGCCAGUAACUGACAAACCAUAUGGAUUUUAUGGUGUUCUUUUUAGAUUUGUAGAAUUUUAAACUUUUACUGUGUUUGUUACUUAAAGUAUUUAAGGUCCCAGUUGCCAACAUUUGGGAGAAAAGCUUUCAAAACCCCAAAUUCAUAUAGCCUACUUUGCAAGCCUACGAUUAGGGUUAUAAGUUAGGACUAAAUAAGGUCUAUGGUCUAGAUAACCCCAACCCUAGCUC